ACAACUAUUAAUGUUAUGAAAUGGAAGACAGUAUCAACCAUUUUUCUAGUGGUGGUUUUGUAUUUAAUUAUUGGAGCUACUGUAUUCAAAGCCCUGGAGCAGCCACAUGAAACCAGCCAGAGAACAACUAUUGUGAUCCAGAAGCAAAUGUUUGUGUCACAGCAUGCCUGUGUGAAUGACACUGAACUUGAAGAUCUAAUUCAGCAAGUUGUGGCAGCAAUAAAUGCAGGAGUCAAUCCUAAAGGAAAUAUGCCAAAUCACAUCAGUCACUGGGAUUUGGGAAGUUCCUUCUUCUUUGCGGGGACUGUUAUUACCACCAUAGGAUUUGGGAACAUCUCACCACGUACAGAAGGUGGAAAAAUAUUCUGUAUCAUCUAUGCCUUACUGGGAAUCCCUCUCUUUGGUUUUCUGUUGGCCGGAGUUGGAGAUCAACUAGGGACCAUAUUUGGGAAAGGGAUCGCCAGAGUAGAAGACACAUUUGUUAAAUGGAAUGUGAGUCAGACAAAGAUCCGAAUAAUAUCAACAAUAAUAUUCAUACUGUUUGGCUGCGUUCUGUUUGUUGCUCUUCCGGCAGUCAUUUUAAAGCACAUAGAAGGCUGGAAUACAUUAGACGCAAUUUAUUUUGUAGUUAUCACCUUAACAACAAUUGGAUUUGGUGAUUAUGUUGCAGGGGGAUCAGAUAUUGAAUAUUUUGACUUUUACAAACCAAUUGUGUGGUUCUGGAUUCUGGUGGGUCUUGCAUAUUUUGCUGCUGUCUUGAGCAUGAUUGGCGAUUGGCUAAGAGUUAUAUCCAAAAAGACCAAGGAAGAGGUGGGAGAGUUCAGAGCUCAUGCAGCGGAGUGGACAGCCAAUGUUACCGCAGAGUUCAAAGAAACCCGGAGGCGCCUGAGUGUUGAGAUCUAUGACAAGUUCCAGCGGGCUACCUCCAUCAAAAGAAAGCUCUCUGCAGAAAUGGCAGUAAAUCACAGCCAAGAUCUGACUCCUUGCAAAAGAACCUUGUCUGUCAACCACCUCACCAGCGAGAAAGAUAUCUUGCCUGCCCUCACAAAGGCAGAUAGCAUUUAUAUGAAUGGCUUGACUCCUCACUGUGCAGCGGAAGAAAUUGCUGUGAUUGAGAACAUUAAGUAG